GUUCUUUUCUCUUUCUUAUGUCGUUUAUUGGCGUAUAUUUUUUAUAUUCGUCCUAAUGGCUAUCGCUUUAUCUCAUCUACCUUCAUCUUUUCCUUUUUCUGAAAAUAGCGAUGAUACUACUGAUUUAAAUACAUCCAAGAAACGACAACUAAAGCCUCAUGUCAAAACUGCUUGUAUCAAUUGUAAAAAAGCUCAUUUAGCUUGCGACCUAUCAAGACCUUGUAAACGUUGUGUCUCUUCUGGGAAAUCAGAGAGUUGUCGUGAUAUUCAACACAAGAAACGAGGACGACCAAAGCGAACGGAUAAACGACAAGCUAUGAAAGCAAUGCUUAGACAAAUACCUUCCUCUUUUAUCAUGACUCGACCUUCUACUGAUAGAGAACAAUUUCAUUCUUCUACGAUGACGAUGUUUUUAUCUAUGGAAUUAUGUUGUGCUCGUGUAUCAGAUGAAUCAUUAGACUUUGUUGGUUUAUAUCCACAAGAAUUCUCACAUCGAUCACUUUAUGACUUUAUUGUACCAAAAGACAUCCAUUUAAUCGCCCGUAUUCAUCGAUCUUUACUUGACAAUGCUACUUUCUGUGAAAAAGGUCCUUUACCAUCAACGCAACGCACAACCGCUGAUUUUUUCACCUCCUUCCUUCCUUAUCAACUGUCCACGAUCGCCAAUGGUUCCAUGACGUUGAAACAAUCCCUUGUCUUUAAAACUUCGGAUCCAUAUCGAUAUCAACGGUUACAAGCUAGAUUUUAUUUGGGUGGUGGCACUGGCGCUGAUUUGUUCAAUCCAACUUCUUUACAACAUUUAUAUAUCGUUUGUGUUCUUGCAAAACCCGAAGAAGAAGAAGAUGAUCCAACCAUCCCUACCUCUCCUCAGGAACAAAUUUCUUUAAGAGAUGUGCAUUUAGUAUCACCAACAAUGAUGGAAAAUCAGUCAUUAUCACCUUUGAAUUCACUUUUGAAUGAUCAUCAAUCUACGGAUACCAUGAUGACACCUGAUACUUUGGACACUUGGACGAAAUCAUCUUCAUCACCAAUCAAAUCAUCCAAUGAUGAUGAUGAUGAUAAUGUACAUAGACAAGAACGACGAAAUGGAAUGAAAUCAUCAUCUCAUAUCCAAACAUCUCAUACUAUGGUUACUCAUCCUUAUCAAGCGUACUAUCAAACCAUGUUAUCCAGUCGAUUAUCAAGUGAAGCUCAAGCAUUUGCCUCCUCCUCCACAGAAAGCAAUCUAUCCUCAAUCAGUAAGACUGCUUACAAGGCAGUGGAUGAUCAUAUUUCACCCGAUGAUAAGGUGAUUGGUAUUGGAUCAGGCUCGACAGUGGUCUACGUAGUGGAAAGGAUCCUGCAAAAACCCGAAUUACGCCAUUUGAUCUAUAUUCCUACUAGUUUCCAAAGUAAACUAUUGAUUAUUGAAGGUGGUUUGAAUCUUGGUAGUAUUGAACAAUAUCCUGUGAUUGAUGUGACCAUUGAUGGUGCUGAUGAAGUGGAUCCUCAAUUAAAUGCUAUCAAGGGAGGUGGAGCUUGUCAAUUCCAAGAAAAGGUUGUAGCUGAAGCAGCCAAGAAAUUCAUCAUUGUUGCUGAUUAUAGAAAGAAAUCAAGUCAUUUAGGUGUUGAGUGGACCAAAGGAGUUCCUAUUGAAGUGGUGCCUAUGGCCUAUAAAAUGGUCAUGCGUCAAUUAGAAACCAAAUUAUCCUUGAAACCCAUCGAAUCCAAACUUCGUAUGGCCAUCAAUAAGGCCGGACCUGUGGUGACGGAUAAUGGAAAUUUUGUUAUUGAUACUCAUUUUGGUCCCAUUCAUGAUCCUUCCAAACUUCUUCAAGAAAUCAAAUUAUUGACUGGUGUCUAUGAGGUUGGUUUGUUCUGUCAAAUGGCUCAAGUCGCUUAUUUUGGUGAAAAUGAUGGUUCCGUUUCUACUUUGGAAGCCAACUAGAUCUAUAUAUAUAUAUAUAUGUUGGAAUAAUAAAAUUAUGAUAUCCCUCUAUGAACCAUUACUAUUAUUUGUUUUGAUGAUAUAUAAUGAUGAUAGUGAUUCUAUGAUGAUGACUCUAGAAAUGAACUUUAUGAUGAUGAAUGAUAAUUUUUCAAGGGUGCCUAGGAUGAUGAUCAAC